AUGAGCAAAAGAUAUUUCCUCGACUCUGAUGAUUCAGGGUCCGACUUUGACGAAAACACCACAGACCUACCAUUCCCCAAACCAUUAUCACGCUCGUCCUUUCUAGCUCCAGAAUUUGACCCGGCUACCUUCCUUUCGUCUUUAACGAACCGACAUCAAACCCUCGAAGAUUUGCGGCAGGAACUUCGAGAACUGAGUCAAGGACUAAACAAAGAACUGCUCGAUGUGGUCAACGAGAACUACCAAGACUUCCUAUCACUCGGUGGUGCGCUACAAGGCGGAGAAGAGAAAGUGGAAGAAAUCAGUGUUGGACUCUUAGGUUUCCAGCGAGAUGUUGCCGCCAUUCAUGCCAAGGUCGAAGCUCGAAAAGCUGAGAUGGAAAGCCUUCUACAAGAAAAGAAAGCGUAUCGGAUAAAAGCGAAUAUCGGAAUGGCUCUUCUCGAUAUUGCGGAGAGAAUAGAAGAAUUGGAACAGCGAUUGAUGAUUGUCGGUACGAAGACGUCGAAUGGGCUUGCUACUUCCACCGAAGACGUGGAUUCUGACCGGGAAGACUUUAUUUCUGACAACACGGAAAGCGAAGAGGACUCGGAGGAGGAAACCGACGAAUCUGCCAUAAUAUCAGUCAAGAGACUGGAUAGUCACGUGCAGAAAUACCUAUAUAUAAUCUCAGAGUCGGAUAGAAUAGGCUCAGCUCACCCUUUUGUUGUUGGCCAGCAACAUCGUCUGGAAAAGAUAAGGUCCACGUUACUUCUCGACUUGGACACGGCGCUGAAGCAGUCUCGAAAAGGCGGAACCAAGGACGAAAACCGUACGGUGAAAAUUCUACGGCUUUACGACUCAUUAAAGGCCGAGUCCAGUGCAGUUUCUGCGCUCAAACAGCUCUCCAUAUAG